UGCAACUUCACACUUGUAGUGAGCUCUAGGCAGCUGACCAGCUCUGCCGACUCUUCUAUCUAGUCUCUCUUUCUGAGCCAAAGGAGUGUGUGUGUAUGUGAACAAGUGUGUGUGGAAAUAAAAACACACCCUGCUUUUCGCACCAUUGCCGCUACCGAGCAUUUCUGACCCUGGGCUCUUUUUGGGGGAUUGAAAUCACCUUCCGUCGUAUUGGAUUUACCCUGUGGACUGACUUUAUGUUUUCUUUGAGGAUAUUCUUUUUGAUAUUCCCUUUUUGAAUAAUUGCUUUGGCAGGAAGUCCAGCAUGUUAGAAGGAGUGGGCGUCUACACGUCAAGCACGGGUUUGUGAAACGAGAGCCGGGGAGGCGGGGUGCUAUUAAAGCACAGGAGAAGCGAGUGAGAUUCUGCUUCCGAGCCACCGGGCUGGAUACUUUAUUCAUGCUCUUGUCGGGAGUGAGACUACAAAAUUCCAGGCUGACUGUGGGGCCUGACUUCAGAUCCGAACCACCCUGGAUUUGAGCAGACUGGACAGGGCUCUGACCCAUAAACGGUCGUAACGCCAUGACCGCUCUGCUUCGGGAGAUACUGGAACAAUUUACUUCAUUUCAUUAGGGAUUGCAAUUUACCUUUGAGAAAAUCUAAGGAUUCUGCAUGCAGGCAACUCUUGCUUUACCUUCUUUUUUAUUUUAGUCCUUUUCGUGCAUCAAUAUUCUUUUGAAUCGCAUGCCUGCACAGGAGAAGGCUGCCUUAGGUCUGUCUGGAAGCGGAGGCGCUUUCUUUAUAGGUUUAUCAACCAUGGCAAAGCCUUUGAUUGCAUGAACUGAGGACACUGCAAUACAAGACAGGAGGUCAGCAGUACAAACAAGGAUCAGUUCGGCAAAUACCAGCUUGGGCAGGAUAUAACCAAAGAGACCCCUUUGAGGAGACGGACAAACAUCUUGUGAAAGAACAGAAAGGAGAGCUUAAAGCCUCAUUGGAUUUUGGGUGGCUGCAGAGGAUUAACCAGCAUUUCUAAAUCAGGGCAACAACCAGACAGAGGACAUGGCAUGCAAAUACAAGUCUUUCUUUGUCUUCUUGAUCAGAGCUGGGCUUCUGCUCGGCCUGGCCAAUCCGCUGGUGACCUCGGCCUCCUGUCCCUCGCAGUGCCGGUGCGAUGGGACGUUUAUCUACUGUAAUGACCGGGAUUUGACUUCCAUCCCUUCGGGCAUCCCAGAGGACGCCACUGUACUUUUUCUCCAAAAUAAUCGCAUCAAAAGUGCGGGCAUCCCUUCGGAUUUGAAAAGGCUAAACGGCGUGGAAAAGAUCUACCUGUAUUGCAACAACCUAGAUGAGUUUCCAAACAACCUGCCACUGAAUGUCAAAGAGCUUCAUUUACAAGAAAACAACAUCCGGACUAUCACGCACGCCUCCCUGGGACAGAUUCCUUUUAUUGAGGAAUUACACUUGGACGACAAUUCUGUAUCAGCUGUUAGCAUCGAAGAGGGUGCGUUUAGGGACAGCCUCCAUUUGAGGCUGCUCUUCCUUUCACGUAACCACCUCAGCACCAUACCUUCAGGUCUACCCAUGACUAUCGAGGAACUUCGCUUUGACGACAACCGCAUCUCGUCCAUCUCGGAGGCGUCCCUGCAGGAUCUUAUAAACCUGAAACGCCUGGUGUUGGAUGGCAACCUUCUAAACAACAGGGGUAUUGGGGAGAUGGCCUUCAUGAAUUUAGCCAACCUGACCGAGCUUUCGUUGGUACGGAACUCUCUAACAUCUCCACCUCCCAACCUGCCAGGCUCUAGUCUGGAGAAGUUAAAUCUUCAAGACAACCACAUCAAUCAUGUGCCAGCAGGUGCCUUUGCUUUUUUGCGACAGCUGUACCGUUUGGAUCUGUCAGGCAACAACUUGAGCAGUCUGCCCAAUGGGGUGUUCGAAGACCUGGAUAACCUUACCCAGCUGCUCUUGCGCAACAACCCCUGGCAAUGCAGCUGCCGGAUGAAAUGGGUACGCGACUGGCUGCGAAGUCUACCAUCGAAGGUCAACGUACGUGGCCUCAUGUGCCAGGGACCCGAUAAGGUCAAAGGGAUGGCCAUCAAGGAUCUAUCGACAGAACUUUUCGGCUGCUCUGACACAGAAUUCUCACCUACAUAUGAGACCAGCACCGUCUCAAACACUUUGCCGGCCUUGCGACCCCAGUGGCCAACAUAUGUGACUAAAAGGCCUGUGGUUAAGGGACCAGAGCUGGGCAGAAACUAUCGUAGCACAACGCCGUCUAGUCGCAAGAUCAUCACGAUAAGUGUCAAAUCUAGCAGCGCCGAGACAGUUCACAUAUCUUGGAGAGUAUCUCAACCCAUGACCGCCCUGAGGCUCAGCUGGUUAAAACUGGGCCACAGUCCUGCUUUUGGAUCCAUAACCGAGACCAUUGUUCAAGGGGAAAGAACAGAGUACCUGCUUACAGCUCUGGAACCCGAAUCCUCUUAUCGGAUAUGCAUGGUUCCCAUGGAAACAAGUAACAUUUACCUGUCGGACGAGACACCUGUAUGCAUAGAGACAGAAACUGCUUCGCUGAAAGCUUACAAUCCCACCACAACCUUGAACAGAGAGCAGGAGAAAGAGCCUUACAAAAAUUCCAAUCUGCCUUUAGCUGCUAUUAUCGGAGGGGCCGUUGCCCUUUUGGCUAUCAUCAUGUUGGCCCUGGUGUGCUGGUACGUCCACAGGAACGGUUCCUUAUUUUCCAGGAACUGCACGUACAACAAGGGUCGCAGGAGGAAGGACGAUUACGCCGAAGCCGGAACAAAGAAGGACACCUCAAUCUUGGAGAUUAGAGAGACCUCUUUUCAAAUGAUACCCAUAAAUAACAUGCCGGUGUCUAAAGAGGAAUUUGUGAUACACACUAUUUUUCCUCCUAAUGGCUUGAGCCUUUACAAGACUCCACAUAGUGAAAACAGCAUCAACAACAGAAGUUACAGAGACAGUGGAAUACCAGAUUCAGACUACUCGCAUUCAUGAUAGCGUGCGCGGAUUACAAAGACGUUUUAUUGCGAAUGAGUGACUUUGAGACUGCUUGGUCUUUUGCAAAACACUGGAUUGAAAAGACUGAGAAAGCGUCGUUAUGUACAUUUGCCAUAUAAUUUAUAUUUAAGGACGAUUUAUUAAAAAGGAAAGAGGUUCCGAUUGCAGGCCAUCACUGAGUCAUUGGUGUACGCUGCCACAAACCGCGAUUCUAUAUUUUAGAGAUUUGUAGUAAUUUGUACUGUACUUCCUUUACUUAUGGUUUUAGACCAAUUAAAAAACGUUGUGCUCUACUGAGAUAUGAUGACUUGUCAACUGUGAAAGUGGGUUUUCAUUGCUGUGUUGAACAAUCAGAAUUUAGAAAACCAUGUAGUAUAAGCACAGGUCAAACCUUUUGCUAUGUUGCUGUCAGUGGAAAAAAACAAUAAAAAAACAAGACUGCAGGGCCUAGAUGAUCAAAGGCAUGACAGUGUUAUGUUAAAUCUGAGGAGGGCGAGGACAGAUUUACUGUGGUAGCAUUUGUUAGGAAUCCUGACAGCCCGUUCCAGAAUGUUACACGAUAAGGAAGCAAAUAUCUAUUACUUGCCUGUGAAAGACACCAACACAGCACAGAAUGCUCAAUCCCAUGCCUCGGCCAGACGCUUCUGCCCCGGCAAAUGGCAAACAAAGCACACAGAUCAAAUAAACAAGUACUUUAAAGUCAAAUCUGAAUAGAUGGGCUGAAACACAACUCAGUAUUGCUUGUUCAAGUCGGCAUGGGGAAAAAACAUUUUAACGCAUCCCCAAUACAGUAAACUGUGUCAUUGUAAGCGCAGUCCUUCAAAAAAAUUCUGGACAGUAAAAAUAUGGCAAGAAACACAUCUGGGCUCUUUUCUAUUCGGAAUAUAGUGUCAACAAUUUUUUUGUUCAUAUAAUUCUUAUUUGUGUUCUUUUCUAAUUUAAGCCACUUUUAAGUUGCCACAGUUGAAAGUUUAUUGUUCUUUACAACCGAAGACCAAAGUGCAUUGUAUGCCCUUUGGCCAGUCUUGUAUGUGCCUUGAUCCAAUGCUUAUUGUAUUUAGCUUUUUCAAAAAAAUAAAAUAAAAUCAGUGACUUAA